CAUGGUAGCAACUACUUAUGAAAUGUCUAUACAAGAUUCAAGAGAUGAAAAGGUGUACGUUGAAGGAAUUUUAAAAGGAAAGAUGUUGAUGGAAGAUAAUUGGUUGAUUGUGAAAUAUGAAAUAUAUACAACUCAGCAAAAUAAUCUCCUGUGUGAGAAAAUGGGCUACGAAUCCAUUCAUUCAGUAGCCUUGCCCUGUAAAUUGGACACUCUACAAUCGGAAGCCAUUGAAAUAUCACUAAAAACCGGAAGUUGUUGUAAUUUGUAA